GGAGCGCGUCAACAUCACCAUGACUCUUACUAUGGGCAUAAAUGAGACCCAAAAACCCACUUGUGAGUUCUUCAAUUUUACAACAAGUGACUUCAGCAGUAAUGGCUGUCUUACCCUGUGGGAACGUGAUGAAAGUCAAAUCACCUGCUCCUGUGACCACCUCACAUACUUUGGUGUGCUCCUGGUAGAGGUAGAUGCUAUCCUCCCUCCUGCUGACCUGAAGAUUCUGACACUCAUCACUCAGAUUGGCUGUAGUCUUUCUCUUUUUGCCCUGGUCAUCACUGUUCUGCUCUUCAUCACGAACAGAAAGAUCAGAGCAGAUGUCUCUAUGAGGGUCCACAUCAACCUCACCAUUGCCCUGAUUCUCCUCAACCUGCACUUCCUCCCAAGUCAGUCGGUGGCAGCACAGUCCUCCUCUGGGCUUUGCGUUUACAUGGCCCUUGCUCUUCACUAUUCCCUGCUGGCCACUUUCAGCUGGAUGGGCCUGGAAGGGUUCCACAUCUACCUUCUCCUUGUCAGAGUCUUCAACAUCUAUGUCAGGAGAUACUUGCUCAAACUCAGCUUGGUGGGAUGGGGUAUCCCUGCAGUCAUCGUGUCCCUGGUGGUGAUCAUAGACAGAGGCACGUAUGGACGUGUCUUUCUGGACUUGUCUAACUCCAACAGCAAUGCAAU